AUGGUGGCGCAGCUUGAACAUCAAUUUCGACUAGGAAGACUUUCCAUACAAGGGUUAUGGUUUUAUUGUCAGCCAAUGAUGGGGCCGAUGCAAGCUUUGUCCACUGUAAUAAAGAAGGCUUCAGCCAACAAUUUUGUGGGUGCAGCAGUUCUUAAUCUCUUGCAAAGCCAGGCUAAGGCCAGGGCUGGUGAUCAUGUAGUGAGAUCAUUACUGGAAAGGAUGAUACAAUGUGCAAGCUUUGCUUAUCUUGGCAUGUUAGAAAGAGCUGCUUAUGGUGCUAGUAUGCUCUAUGUGCCUAAGGGUGCUGGUGUGCUCUAUGUGCCUAAGGGUGCUGGUGUGCUCUAUGUGCCUAAGGCUGCUCGUGUGCUCUAUGUGCCUUAUUGUUAUGAUUAG